UGAAAAUGGCUGAUGCGCAGCUUUCAGAUAGUGAGAAUACCCUGGAGCGUUAUAGAGUCAUCACACUUCCACCAGACUUCUUUUACAUCCCGAACUUCAUAACCAAGGAGGAAGAGGAGAGUAUUCUACAAAAGAUUCCUGCCCAGCGCUGGAUAACACUUUCCCAUCGUCGCUUACAAGCGCAUCCUUCCACACUGACAAAAAACAAUACUCUUCUUGCUUCUCCCUUGCCACAAUGGCUUGAGAAACCAGUCAUAGACCGUUUCAAGAGCAUGGGUCUAUUUGACAGCACACCACACAAAGCGCCAAAUCAUGUUCUCGUCAAUGAAUACAAUAGUGGCGAGGGCAUCAUGCCCCACGAGGAUGGCAGUGCAUAUGCCCAUGUUGUCGCAACCGUUAGUUUGGGCGCAAGUAUAUGCCUGGAAAUAACAGCAAAACCAGCCUCGAAAAAGGUGGACCAAGAAAACAACAUUUCGGACAACACUUCAUCGCAAUAUAUGAUCCCAACACGUAUAUUGCAAGAACCUCGCUCACUCCUCAUCACUACUGGGCAGGCCUACGAGAAUCUUCUUCACGGCAUCGCCUCAAUAGAAGUCGACGAGGAUCUCAACGCCCAAACGGUAGCUAAUUGGGAUUUGCUAUUUGAUCCCACUGUAUUCCAAAAAGCAGGUGGGAGGAAUGAACGGUCGACAAGGGUUAGCUUGACGUACCGAGAUGUUCUAAAAGUAAGCUCCGCGGCCAGCAAGGUGUUGGGCGGGCUCGGGAGACGAUAG